AUGGCUAAUCAACGAUCGGUAAAGAUGUCUGUUUGCCGGAGAUGCCGUUUGCAAGAUGCCAGUGUGGUUUCUAGGAAGGAAUGGUUUUGUAAUGAGUGCUUUCAAAAGUUUGUAUCUGCUAAGCAGAGGAAACAGAUGAUGUGUGAACCGUACUUUCAAGACAUCUUCAAAGUUUUGUAUCAGGACAAGAUAAGGUCAGCAGAAGAAGCUGGAUUGCAAAAUCAGCAAUCGAAAGUCUUGGUGCCGUUGUCGUUUGGUUCUUCUUCGCUUGUUAUGUUAGAUAUAUUGAACGAAACGUUGACAGAGCAGAAACAAACACAGAGGGGGAAUACUGGAUUCCAGAUUGACGUCUUGAUAUGCCUUAAAGCUGGCGAUGACCGCGACACAUACCAAAAAAUAGUGAAAGAAUUGCAUGAGGAAAGGUAUGCUAUGAAUCACGAGAAAUUGAAAUUCCAUUUUAUAUCUGAAGAGUCCUUUUACGACGGUGAAUUGCGGACAAUUCUACUCGACAAUCAAGGUUUUGCAUCUAAAUCGAUAAAGGGUCAAUUGGAUUUAUCUCAGAACAGCACAGUGGAAAAACUGCUCGCCCAAUGCCCUGAUAAAUCGUCUCGUAAAGAUCUCGACACGUUUAUUCAGAGGCAUUUGAUCAAGAAAUAUGCAUAUCAACACAAUCAUAAGGCCAUUCUUUGGGGCCAUUCCAUGACAAAACUUGCAGAUGAAACAAUAUCGCUUAUAGUCAAGGGCAGAGGCUCACAGAUAUCUCCUUUGCUCAGCGACACGGAACUCAAUCCAUUAUAUGAGAAUAAAUUCAAGAAUAUGUUUCCUUUGAAGGAUGUACUACUCUCAGAAAUAGAUGCCUACUGUUAUACUAAAGGGCUCGAAGGCUUCUUGGUCGGAUAUGUCGCCCAAGAUACUCUGCUUGUCAAUAAGAUUGGCGAUAGUAAACAGCCUACAAAGAUGGUCAAGCAAUUGAGUAUCAAUGAAAUUGCCAGGGGGUAUUUUGACGAUGUCGAAGCCGACUAUUCCAAUGUUAUCUCCACUGUGGUCAGAACCGCUUAUAAACUGGCAGAACCCAAGAGCAUAUGCUCAGAACCAUGCUCGAUUUGCCAGACAAAGAUCCAUUCCGAUGCUUUCAGAUGGCUUCGUGCCAUCACGGUCAAUGAUAGUCACCCUAUAGAAAACGAUGAAGAAGCUGGGUUAUUUGCCAAGUGGAGAGAUUCCGAGUUGGGAAAUGAAGUAAUAGAGUACAUGAAACUGAAGGAUCGUGCAUUUCAAGACGGUGUUGAUGCGCCGCUUUGUUAUGGUUGCAUGAUAAAUUUGAAUAGGAUGAGGAACAGGAACGUCCUUUGGCCGCAGAACGAUGAAGAGGAGUUACAGACCGUCCUGAAUGAAUUUGUAUUGGCGGACGACGGUGAGUAG